AUGGCCAAGUGCCUGAAUUGCGUGUGCCGGCGCCUGAGUGACGACGAGCCUGCGGGCUUGGAUAUGCGCCUGGAGAGGCAUCGGCUCGAUUCCCUGCUAGCCUGCCAGGAUCUGUGCGUGAACGCGCAGACGCUGGCACUGCAGGGCUUCUGCCUGGUGGCCGAGAAGGCGCCGGAUGAGGUGCGAUGUGUCUUCUGUGACGUUCGCAUCGCGCACUGGGACGCGGACGAUGAUUCUGUGCGUGAACACCUGCGUCUGUCCAACCAUUGUCCACUUCUGCGUGGCGUCCGGACGGAGAAUGUGGCGCUGAGUGAGCGACAGUUGAAGCGAUUGCUGAAAAGAGUGGCGCGACUGUACUUGAGUGAGCCGGUGAGUGGCUUGUGGCGCGAGGAGGAGCGCCGGCGGAGCUUCCACGACUGGCCGGGUGGUGAUGAUCUGGGGGCCGAGCUGGCGCGCGAGGGCUUCUUCUACGCGGGCUCUGGGUGGCGUGUGGAGUGCAUCUUCUGCCACAUGCGCUGGGAGACAAGGCCACCGGCCGGCGACAUGCUGGCGCGGCACAGCGACUGUCCGCUGCUCGGCGGUCGAGCCGACACGAACGUGCCACUCGAGCCGAGCGACUUCGGUCGGCUGAUCUACGAAGUGGCUGGCCAGAGGCCGUCCAGUGAUGCCCUGGUGCUCCCGGCCGAAAGACGUGCAGCGCAGGAGAGACAGAACAGGAUGCCGCAGCGCGAUUCCAGGCGAGUCAAGGUGGUCUCCGACCCAAUGUCCGUGAGAUACAUCACAGUGCCGCAGCUUAAGGAUCUUCACAUGGAGCGCAACAGACUCAGCACAUUCCGCUUCUGGCGAGGCUCAGUGGACAAACACCUGCUGGCGAGUCUGGGCUUCUUCUACACGGGCAUCAAGGACAGCGUUCAGUGCAUCGUGUGUCGCGUGCAGAUCUCCAAUUGGCACGCAGACACGGACAUCGUCGACACGCACAUGCGCUGCUCCAAUUGUCCCCUGAUGCGCGGCCUGCCCACCGUCAAUGUGCCUCUGGACGCACCGACGCUCGAUCAGAUCCUCGAUGACGCCUUCGACGCCACUCCCGUCGACGUCCUGCAUCCCUGCAUCCAAUCCAUUCGCGCCGAGGACUCCGAGAGCAUGUCCACGGACACGAGACGUUGCAAAGUGUGCUUCAUCGGCACCGUGGAGACAUUCUUCCGUGCGUGCGGUCACGCCGGCACGUGUCUGGCGUGCGCCAGCCGCGUCACGCGGUGUCCCUUCUGCCAGUUGCCCGGCAAGGCGGCGAAGCUCUACUUCAUGUGACGCCGGCGCCGGAAAGGAGGCUGUGUUUUUGAAAGAGGAAGAAAAUCGGUUGUGCAAAAGAAAGAAAAAAAACUGUACUGAAUUAUGUUUUACAUUAAUUUAAUUUAAAUGGUGUUUUCAUGAAA